AUGUGUGCAAGGCAUAUUUAUGCCAACUGGAGGAAGAAGUACACAGACAAGAAGCUACAGAAGAAGUGGUGGAGGUGUGCAAAAGCAUCAAGUAGGACACUAUUCAACUUGUACAGAGCUUACCUUGCUCAAGAGACACCAGAAGGUGCUAAAUACAUGAUGAACACCUCACCAGAACUCUGGAGUAGGGCUUUUUUCAGGUUAGGCAAUAAUUGUGACUCAGUUGACAACAACAUGUGUGAGAGUUUCAACCACAGUAUUAUGGAAGCUAGGUUCUACCCAGUGAUCUCUAUGUGUGAAGCCAUUAGGCAGAAGCUCAUGGUUAGGAUUCAAGAAAACAGAACAAGAGCUGAGAAGUGGACUGGACAAAUUUGUCCAAAUAUUUUCAAAAAGCUGAAGAUGAACAUUGAAAUGUCUGGCAAAUGUAUUGUACUGUGGAAUGGAGAAGAUGGGUUUGAAGUGCAAGAAAGGGAUGACUUCAUUGCUCCAUGUUUCACCAAAGCAGCAUACAUGAAGACAUACCAAGUGGCAGUCAAGGUCCAAGGCAAGCAAGACUGGCAAAUCUGUUGUUUGGAGGCAACUACUGAGAACAAUCAUUGUUUUCAACACUUCUUUUGGAUAGAAUGUGGACAACUUUUGGAAAUAGCAUGUCUUUUGUCUGUAAUAUAUCAUACCCAAGUACCAGGGUGGAGUACAAGUAGAAAUAUUCUGUAA